CCCCCUCUUUCCUCGUUUCUAGUCCCCUGCUCUCUCUUUGGAAAGCCCUAGGGUUUUUCUCCGGCGGCUAGGGUUUCAAUAAGUGAUAAUAAUAUUAAUAAAGUUAGGGCAAAAAUGGCCGACAACAAGCAGCAGGAUUCCCUCAAUAUGGCCGAUCUCGGCGCUGGUCUUUCCUCCAUCACUGCCGGGCUAAGUGCUGAGGAUAGAGCUGGUCUUGUUAGCGCCCUCAAGGAUAAGUUGCAGAGCUUGGCGGGUCAGCAAUCGGAUGUGUUGGAGUCGCUCGGUCCGAAGGUCAGGAAGCGUGUUGAGUUCUUGAGGGAGAUCCAGGGUCAACAUGAUGAGGCUUGAGACAAGUUUUUUGAGGAAAGAGCAGCACUUGAAGCUAAAUACCAGAAGCUCUAUGAACCACUGUAUACAAAGAGAUAUGAAAUUGUGAAUGGUGUGGUUGAAGUUGAAAGUGUUGCAAAAGAAAACGCUGAUGUAACUGCGACUGAGGAUAAAGCUGAUGAAGCCACUGAAGAAAAAGGUGUGCCGGGUUUCUGGUUUACUGCUAUGAAGACCAACGAAGUGCUUUCUGAUGAGAUCCAAGAGCGGGAUGAGGAAGCUCUAAAGUUCCUAAAGGAUAUCAAGUGGUCAAGACUUGAUAGUCCAAAGGGUUUCAAGCUUGAAUUCUUUUUUGAUACUAACCCAUUUUUUAAGAAUUCUGUCUUGACCAAGACUUAUCACAUGAUUGACGAUGAUGAGCCAAUUCUGGAGAAGGCAAUAGGGACUGAAAUUGAAUGGUUCCCAGGGAAGUGCUUGACACAGAAAGUUUUGAAAAAGAAGCCCAAAAAGGGUUCAAAGAAUGCCAAGCCAAUAACCAAGACCGAAACUUGUGAGAGCUUUUUCAACUUUUUCAAUCCCCCUCAAGUUCCAGAGGAUGAUGAAGAUAUUGAUGAAGAUACCGCUGAGGAGCUUCAGAAUCAGAUGGAGCAGGAUUAUGAUAUAGGGUCUACUAUCAGAGACAAGAUUAUCCCACAUGCAGUAUCGUGGUUUACUGGAGAGGCUGCCCACGAUGAUGAUUUUGACCUUGUCGGGGAAGACGAAGCUGAAGAUGAUGAAGAAGAUGAAGAUGAUGAAGAGGAUGAGGAUGAAGAGGAAGAGGACGAAGAAGACGAUGAAGAAGAAGAAGAAACCAAACCAAAAAAGAAGUCAGUUUCAGGUCAAAAGAAGAUCGGUGUAGAUGGAGCUGAUCGUCCUCCGGAGUGCAAGCAGCAGUGAGUUGUUUUGAUGACCAAAUGUGUGAAGGGUUGAGUGAGAGUGAUCUUCUGUCAUCAAAUCCUGUCGUUUCGUGCUUGAGAAGUUUGUGGUUGGUUUGGAGAAACUAUAUUUUGGUGUGAUUUUCAUCAAUGUUCAGCAAUAUAGUUAUGUAGACUUUAUUAUUAUUAUUAUUAUUAAUUUUUUUGCACAACCAAUUUGGUUAAGUUUUACUGUGCAUCUUGUCCAGUUA